GCGUCGUGCUUGCAUCAGCGCGUCGGCGAUGACGUUUAUAGUGAGCGGCGCCGUUUCAGACUGUAAUGGGAGCUGGCGAUUUUUUCAUUAUUUUGAUAGUGUAAUCUGUGAAUGGCGCCGAAACAGGACCCGAAACCUAAAUUUCAAGAAGGUGAAAGAGUGCUGUGUUUUCAUGGGCCUUUGCUCUACGAAGCUAAGUGUGUGAAAAUCAACGUGAAAGACAAACAGAUCAAAUAUUUUAUUCAUUACAGCGGCUGGAACAAAAACUGGGACGAAUGGGUUCCUGAAAGCCGUGUUCUGAAGUAUGUGGACAGUAACCUGCAAAAACAAAAAGAGCUUCAGAGGGCUAAUCAAGACCAUUAUGUAGAAGGAAGAAUGAGGGGAGCUGCACCAAAUAAGAAAAUCCCUGCCCCACCGCAGAAAAAUGAAGUGAAAGCCAAAAAGAAUAAACAGAAAACUCCUGGAGCCGGAGAAGGAACCAGCUCAGGAGGCGAUCCAACCCACCCUCCACGAAAGAAGAGAGCGCGGGUCGACCCCACAGUGGAGAGUGAGGAGACUUUUAUAAAUCGUGUUGAGGUAAAAGUGAAAAUCCCAGAAGAACUGAAACCAUGGCUUGUUGAUGACUGGGAUUUGAUAACUCGUCAGAAACAGCUUUUCCAUCUCCCAGCUAAAAAGAACGUUGACGCUGUUCUUGAAGAUUAUGCAAACUAUAAGAAAUCAAGAGGAAACACGGACAGCAAAGAGUUUGCUGUGAACGAGGUGGUGGCUGGAAUCCGUGAAUAUUUCAAUGUGAUGCUGGGCACACAGCUGCUGUACAAGUUUGAGCGGCCUCAGUAUGCUGACAUUUUGGCCAAUCACCCAGACACGUCCAUGUCCCAGAUCUACGGCGCUCCUCACCUGCUCCGACUCUUCGUGAGAAUCGGCGCCAUGCUGGCGUACACACCGCUGGAUGAGAAAAGCCUCGCUCUGCUCCUCAGUUACCUCCAGGACUUUUUGAAAUACCUGGUGAAGAACUCUGCCUCACUGUUCAAUGCCAGUGACUACGAGGUGGCGCCCCCUGAGUACCACCGGAAGGCUGUGUGAGGUCACAUGGUGGACAAAGUCACAUUUUCUUUGAUCCGUUUUGUUUCAUGUGGAGUUUAAAUGCACUUUUUUCUGUGAUGUUUUCAGUUCCACUUUUUUUAGUUUUAUUCUGAUGUUUGUCCAUCAUUUUCUAUUAAAAGUAUUUUUUUUUCUCAG